AUGAAGCUGAAGGAUCUACUGCUGCUCCUAUUCCUCUGUGCCUUCAUCACACUUGCACAGCAUGACAAACAUGAGAAGCAUGAGGAGCAUGAGAAGCAUGAGGAACAUGAGAAGCAAGACAGAAAGAAGAUACAUGAAGAAAGACAUGGGCCACACCAUGGAAAACACCCAGGAAAAGUGGAGGAUUUGCAGACUGAUUAUGAUGACGACAGCAGUGAUGAUGAGGAUGUGGGAAAAGGUGAAUGGCUAUUUGAGCUUCAAGAUGUCCGAGGGAGCUGCGCCCCAAAUCCAUGCCUGAAUAAUGGAGUAUGUGAGGAGAGAAGAGGGAAAUUCAAAUGCAGAUGUUCCAAACUUUUCAGAGGCAGGAGAUGUGAGAAAGCAAAACAUAUUUGCAAGAAGAACACAUGUGGAUAUGGUGAAUGUGUUCUAACAGCUGUUCCUCCUUUCUAUGAGUGCAAAUGCAAAGCACCCUUUAAACCUCCAAACUGCAGAACCAGUCUCCCAUGUGAGCCUAACCCAUGUCUGAAUGGAGGUUCCUGUAUUAAGGAUGGAGAAGACUUUGACUGUGUCUGCAAAGAAGGCUUCACUGGGAAAUUCUGUCAAAUUGAUCCAGAUGAUUGCUAUGAAACAAAUGGAGAGUCCUACAGAGGCAUGGUAUCAGAGACAGAGGAUGGGGAUGACUGUCUCUUCUGGAAUUCCUACUAUCUAUUGGGUAAAGGAAUAAACCCUUUCAUAAACUUUGAGGAUAUUCAUGGCCUAGGUCCACACAAUUUCUGCAGAAACCCAGAUGGUGAAACAAAGCCAUGGUGCUUUAUACGAUCAGGAAAGACACUAAGAUGGAAUCCCUGCAAUGUGAGAAAAUGUUCUAGCACUGAUGGUAAUUAUAUCUCUCUUCCAAACAUGGAACCUACUGCAGCUGUCCCCUCCUUCAUCCCUCCUACACUCCAAACUACUACUCCCAUUAAGCUCCACGUAACACCAAGACCCAUCCACCUAAACCCAACCACACAGCCCACACCGUCAAUCCAUCAACCAGGAACCCACAUUCCCAAAAGCCCUGUGCCAGGAACCCCCACCUCCGAAAGCCUGGUACCAGUAACCCACACCGUUGGAAGCCCCAUGCCAGGAAGUUCUGUUCCAGGAAGCCAAGUCCCACAUGUGCUGAGGCAGUUUGAAACAUGUGGGGAACCCCAACCAAAAAAACCAAUUAAUCGUAUCUAUGGAGGCCUAAAAGCACUUCCAGGAGCACAGCCAUGGCAGGCAUCUAUACAGAUCAGACCUAAGGUCUCUACUCUGGGCUUUAAACACAUCUGUGGAGGCGCUCUCAUCAAGCCAUGCUGGGUGAUGACAGCAGGACACUGUAUUGUCAAAGGUCAUGAUUUCCAGGUGGUUCUAGGUGGUGUGGACUUAGGGAAGGUUGAGCCAUCAGAGCAAACACUGGAGGUUGUGGAGACCAUUGUCCAUGAACAGUACAGAGAAACCCCUGAAUCAGUCUACAAUGACAUCGCUCUGCUGAGGCUCAGAGCCAAAGAUGGGAGGUGUGCAAAGGAGAGUCAGUUCAUAAGGACGGUCUGCUUGGCCAAAGAAAGCUUCCCUGAUGGUUCUGAGUGCAAGAUCUCUGGAUGGGGAGUCACCCCAGAGUCGCAAUAUGGCUCCAGUCAGUUAUUGGAUGCUGAGGUGUUAUUGAUUGCCCAAGAUGUCUGUUCCGAUCCAAAAGUGUAUGGGAAAUUCAUAGAUAACACAAUGUUCUGUGCUGGUUAUCUGGAUGGUGGAGUGGACUCCUGUCAGGGUGAUUCAGGAGGGCCCCUGACCUGUGAGAAGGAGCAGGUGCACUAUGCUUAUGGCAUCGUCAGCUGGGGUGACAGCUGUGGGCAGAAGAAUAAGCCUGGUGUCUACACCCGUGUCACUCACUUUGUGGAUUGGAUCAAUGCAAAGACAGCUGGCCCAUAA